AGAAGCAUUUUUGGCUUUGAGCGCUCGUAGCGGUCUGUGUUUGAAUCGACCCUUCAAAGACGCCAUGGCAAGCUCAGCGGUCCGCCCUUCGGCGCGUGGGAAGUCGUCACCAAUUUUGACCUCGCUGGUAUGUGGCUUCCUGAUGUAUUUUGGCGUGCCCAUGGCCUUCUCCUCCUUGGCUGUUCGGCCACUGGUGCAGAAGCAGAGACAUUUUGGCGUGGCACGCCGGGCGGAAAGUGCGGACACCGCGACCGCCACGGAGGUGAGCGAGGAUGAAGGCGAACAGUUUGAGUUUCAGGCUGAGGUGGGCCGAGUGAUGGACAUUAUCAUCAACUCCUUGUACUCCAACAAGGACGUUUUCCUCCGUGAGCUCGUCUCCAACGCGGCGGACGCCUGCGACAAGAAGCGCUUCCUGGCGCUGACGGAGAGCGACUCGCCGCCGGAGUCUAUGAAGCUGCGCAUCAACUCCGACAAGGAUGCCCGCACGCUGACCAUUGAGGACAACGGCGUGGGCAUGUUGCAGGCGGAGCUGAAGGAGAACCUGGGCCGCAUCGCCCGCUCAGGCACCGCGAACUUCGUCAAGGAGCUGGGCAGCGGCGAGGCGGACGUGAGCCUGAUCGGGCAGUUCGGCGUCGGCUUUUACUCCGCCUUCUUGGUGGCCAACAAGGUGGAAGUCUACUCCAAGAGCUUCCGGAAGGAAUCGGAUGGUAAGACCUGGAAGUGGUCCUCCACCGGCCAGUCCUACUCGAUUGUGGAUGCUUCGGAUUCAGCGCUCUUCGGCGACCAGAGCGGUACCAAGAUCGUGCUGCACCUGCGCGAGGAGGCGCAGGAAUAUUUGGACACCGGCAAGCUGUCUGACCUGCUGAAGAAGUACAGUGAGUUCAUCACCUUCCCAAUCGAGCUCUACAACGAGAAGGUGCAGUACGACCAGGUGCCUGAUGAGUCCGCCCCACCCCCGAAGGAGGGUGAGAAGCAGAAGAUGAAGAGUGUGCCUCGCUCCGUCUUCGAGUGGGAUGUGAUGAACAAGAUGAAGCCCAUCUGGCUGCGCAACCCCGAUGUGGUGAAUUCCUCUGAGUACACCGAGUUCUACAAGACAACCUUCAAGGCGUUCGAUGAACCGAUGACCGUGACCCACUUCAAGGUGGAAGGCCAGAUCGAGUUCCGAGCCCUGGUCUUCAUCCCCUCCACCAUGCCUUUCGAGCUUACCCGCGACAUGUUCUCCCCUGAGGGCAGGGCCAUGCGCCUCUACGUGAAGCGCGUCUUCAUCAACGACAAGUUCGAGGACUUGGUGCCCCGAUGGCUCACCUUCGUGCGCGGCGUGGUGGACUCCGAGGAUCUGCCGCUGAACGUGGGCCGCGAGAUUUUGCAGAAGAGCCGAACGCUUAAGAUCAUCCGCAAGAGGGUCGUGCGCAAGGUGCUGGACACUAUUGACGACCUCAGGGAGAACGACCCAACCAAGUUCGAGUCCUUCUGGACCAGCUACGGAAAGUACUUCAAGGUCGGCUUGGUUGAGGACCUGGACUACAAGGAUGAGUUGAAGCGCUUCGUGCGAUUCUGGUCUUCCAAGAGCGGCGACAACCAAACCAGCCUUGACGAGUACAUCGGCCGGAUGAAGGAGGGCCAGGACAAGAUCUACUUUGUGACCGGCGAGGGCCGCCGCGCAGCAGAGAUUGCGCCGGCGAUGGAGAAGAUGCGCCUGAAGGACUAUGAGGUGCUCUACAUGGUGGACCCUCUUGACGAGAUUUGCAGUCAGAGUAUCGUUGACUACGAGGGCAAGAAGCUCGUGGACAUCAACAAGGCUGGCUUGGACCUGGAGAAGAGCGAAGAGGAGAAGAAGGAGCUGGAGGAGACCACGAAGGAGUAUGAGACUCUGGCGACGUGGCUCAAGAAGCAGCUUGGCGAGCGUGUGCAGAAGGUGCAGAUCUCCGACCGCCUGGUGGAUUCCCCUGCCACCUUGGUGCAGGGCGAGUGGGGCAUGUCCCCCAUGAUGCAGCGCUACAUGAAGUCCCAGACCACCUCUAGCGCCUCCGAUAGCGCUUUCGCCAUCGGCUCCCGAAACCAGGCCAUCCUGGAGAUCAACCCGUCGCACGGCGUUGUCAAGGCGUUGAGGAGCAACAUGGAGACUCAACCGGACUCUGUGGAAACCGAAGACAUGGUCAUGAUGCUUUACGAGACCGCUGCCUUGAUCGGCGGCUACACCAUUGAGGACCCAGGUGACUUCGCCAAGCGAGUCACGAAGCUCAUGGAGCUCCAGGUGGCCUCUGCAGGACCCGCCGGCACCCACGAUGCGGAGGUCAUCGAGUGAUUUGCCGUCUCCCCUUGGGAGCGAGGGCGUGAACGGCGCAAAGAACAAGGAACAACAACUUGAGCGCCCAAGUGUUGUUGUCAAGCCUAGUCGCUGUGUUUCCCAAUGAGAUACCACAAACCCAAGUAGGUGUCAUCG